CCCCCCGCGCCCUCCUCGCCGCCUCGGAGCCGCUGUGGGCCGCACCGCCCGCGCUCAGGGCGGGCUGGGCGGGCUUUCUCCGCCGGAGCAGCGCCGCAGCCCGCCAGCCGCCGGCCGCCGACGCGGGAUGCUGCGCUCCACGUCCACCGUCACUCUGCUCUCGGGCGGCGGCGCCAGGGCGCCCAGCAGGCGGGCAAAUGUCUGCAGACUGCGGCUGACAGUACCCCCCGAGAGUCCAGCCUUGGAGCCAGGUGAAAAGAAACUUGAAAGAAAAGAACAACUCCCUGAACUAAGCAAUGGAGAACCAACCAGGAAACUUCCUCAGGGUGUUGUCUAUGGCGUGGUGCGGAGAUCAGAUCCAAACGAGCAGAAAGAAAUGGUGGUAUAUGGGUGGUCCACCAACCAGCUGAAAGAAGAGAUGAACUACAUCAGAGAUGUGAGAGCCACUUUGGAAAAAGUAAGGAAGCGAAUGUAUGGAGACUAUGAUGAAAUGAGACAGAAGAUUCGACAGCUUACCCAGGAAUUGUCAGCUUCACAGGCUCAGCAGGAGUAUCUUGAGAGUCACAUCCAGACACAGUCGUCAGCCCUGGACAGUUUUAAUGCCAUGAACUCAACCUUAACGUCGGACUCCAUUGGCUUGCAGAAAACCCUCGUGGAUGUUACUCUGGAAAAUAGCAACAUUAAGGAUCAAAUCCGAGAUCUGCAGCAGACCUAUGAAGCAUCCAUGGGCCAGCUGCGGGAAAAGCAGAGGCAGUUGGAGGUAGCGCAAGUUGAAAAUCAGCUGUUGAAGAUGAAGGUGGAAUCCUCCCAGGAAGCCAAUGCCGAGGUGAUGAGAGAGAUGACCAGGAAGCUGUACAGCCAGUACGAGGAAAGGCUGCAGGAGGAGCAGCAGAAGCACAAUGCCGAGAAGGAGGCUCUGCUGGAAGAAACCAAAAGUUUUCUGAAAGCUAUUGAAGAAGCCAAUAAAAAGAUGGAAGCAGCGGAGAUCAGCCUAGUGGAGAAGGACCAGAGGAUUGGAGAGCUGGACAGGCUGAUUGAGCGCAUGGAAAAGGAACGCCAUCAGCUGCAGCUACAGCUUCUGGAGCAUGAAACAGAAAUGUCAGUGGAAAUAACCGAUUCUGACAAGGAAAGGUAUCAGCAGCUGGAAGAGGCAUCUGCCAGCCUCCGUGAACGGAUCAGACACUUAGAUGACAUGGUGCAUUGCCAGCAGAAGAAAGUCAAGCAGAUGGUUGAGGAGAUCAUGUCACACGAGCUCUUCUCCAGAUUUAGUCUCCGGUUCUUUGGAAGAUGAUAAGAUGGUAGCCUGGGUUGGAAGCAGUUCCUUUUAUUGUUCGUGAUUAGAAGAAUACUUGAACUCUGCUGGGAAGAGGUGGCAUGUGUCUGUGAUGAGCCGACGAACAGAACAGGAAGGACAUGUUGUGGAAAGGCAGAUUUGACCACAUAGGGCUCUCGUUUGUGAAAAUACCACACACUGUCACCUCGACUUGUCCAGCCUCACACUGCAGAGUCCAGAGAACUCAAAGAAUAUUUGUAGAAACUUGGGUUCCUAGACAUCAAAGAACUGCAAUGAAAAUACUAAAAAAUAAUUCAGGAGGUGCCAGGUGGAGGCUGGUUCUAAGAUCUUGGGAAAUGGAAGCCUCACUUGUGGAAAAGCUGCCUUGGACACCUGCUAACGUUGGGAGGCAGGCUCGAAGAACUCCAGUGCUCCAGGAAGGAAGCGCACCCCACCAAAUCACGCCCCACGUAAUACGGAAGCAGCCUCGUGUCCAUGUCCUUUGGUUAUAUUUGCAUACGGGAGGUGGCCUGAAUGGAGACCAAAAACCCAGGUCAAUGUAGCAUUCUCUUUGUGUAAGCAGGGUUUGGUUUGCUUUUUAUGCCCAUGGGCACUCUGCUUGCAUAGGCAGUUAACUAACUUCAUGAAAAGGAGAAGUCUAUCCAAGGAAAAGAGAAAUAUAUUUGAUCCAAAUAUAGUGAAGUGAAAUACUUCAAGCCUGCUUUAUUUUUAUAGAGAUCUUGAGACAAGCCACUGGUGCUGGUAGGUCAUCAGCACUUAACAGCGCCCCUGAAGACCGACGAGUAGCGGUAGCAGGAGCAGCAGUGGUAGUAAUAGUCGGUGGGUGGGAUCGCCUUAAUCAGCCAGUAGACUGGGCUGACGGAGGGACUUCAUUUAGGGGCUGGGUGUCACUUAAGUGAUGGGUGAUGUAAGCUCCCACUUCUCCAUGGCAAAGUGGGCAGGUAAAUGGUUUCCUGUCAGUAUUUGUCUUUGGUCUUUCAUUCAGAUCCUUGUACCCUACAUCGGCAAGGUGGUGGAUGGGGAAGGAACCCUUGGAUGCUCAGGGCUGUUUUUUUAUCCCUUGGCCACUCACAUCUAGCGUUACUCAGAAGUUUGAGGCAGGAUUUAUUUGGACUAAAUAAAAAUGUUAGUUUCAAGUUCUCAUGUUCAACAUAUUAUUCACUUCCUAAUUUUAAAAUCUUAGAUACCUUAUCUAAACUGGGAAGUUUUUAGAAGGUAUCAAAGGGUUCACUGUGGACCUUUUUACCCCCCUCCUAUACAUUACGUAAAUAUUGCAGGUUUAUUUUAUGACACAUGCUGACCAAUAUAUUCGUGAUACAAACCGUCCUUUCAAGGGAGGUCUUUUCUUUGUAAUGUCACUGAAUGCACUUUCUCUUUCUUGAGAUUGUUUGUAAUUGGCUGUAAAAUAUUUCUCAGAGACCUGGGUGCCCAUAUUCUGCCCAGAGAGCUUGUAAGGCUGCUACACUCCUGUUCCAAGUAACUACCAGCCACUGAAUGUUUCUCAUGCUUCAGGGCCAUGCAUCUAGACCUAACAUCCCACAUUCAUCCUCUAUGGGGAGUAUUAUUAGCACAAUUUUUUGGCACAGGAAACUGAAACACAGUCUUAAAAAAUAAGCCACUGGCAGUCUCUCAGCACAUGAUGAUGGUGCUAGGGCCACAAGAUCUUUGGCUCCAAAGUCAGUGUUCAUUCUUACUUUUGCAUACAUUUGUAACUGGAAAAAAUUUUAAACAUAGAAAAUUAUAGAGAAUGGUGAGAACAAAGACCCAGCUACUCUCCUCUAGAAGUGACAAAAUGUUAACAUUUUGGCAUAUUUCAGAUUUUUUCCAAGUAAAAGAAAACAUUACAAAGAAGAGGUUCUUUUUAUUUCUCUGAUCUUUUUCCUUCCUCCCUCCCUCUUCAGAAGCAAUUUGGUCUCCAUCUGGGCUGUAUUUUGAUGCUUUUACUACAUACCUAUGUAUUUAUUAUCAGUAUUUAGUUCAAUUUAUGUGUUUCAAAAUGUAUGUACAUCCUUAUUUAUAAUAUAUAAAUAGAUAUUAUUGUAUGUAUUAUUCAACCUACUCUUUUCCCCAGUUUUGUUUUUGAUGUUGUUACAUAUAGGUCUACAUUAUUUAUUUUAAUGGCUCGCUAAUACUUUGUUGUAUUAAUGUACUGUAAUGUGUCCUGUUGAUAGGUAUUUAGCUUAUUCCCAGAUUUUUAUUCCUUGACAAACCAUGCCAAACACUCUCUUUGCUUCUGUAGUUAUGGAGCAUGGCUGGAGGAAGUAGGGCCAUGCCAGGGCCUUGGGUUGGCAGUCUCCCCUUCACUAGACACUGCCCAGUGGGUCUCCGGAGCGUGCGUACAGUUCCACCCACUGGGAGGGUGGAUUUCCCCACAUCCUCAUCACUUCUUGGCACUGUUGCACCAUAAUUUUAGCCAGUUGUGAGAUAGUAUCUCUUUUGUUUUAAUUUUCACUUGCUUCAGCUUGAUUACUGCUCAUCACUGUGGGUGCUGCUGAGCAUCUUUUCAUUAGCUUGUUGGCCAUUCAGGCUUCCGCCCGCUUCCGCCCUAUCCUGAAUCAGCUGUUCCUAUCUUAUCUUCGCUUUCCUGGUUAUCUUUUCUCCUGCUGGUUUGUCGGAACUCUGGAUACUACCAAUAUUGAUCAUUUGUCAAAAAGUGUGUGGAUGCUGUUAUCUUCUCCCAGCUAAUGUUUUUUGUUUGUUUAUGGUCUCUUGUAUAAUGCACACAUUUUAAAUUUUGGUAUAAACUUAUCAAUCCAUUGG